AUGGUUAUUACCAAGGAUCGUAUCGCAUGCCGUGAUGGAUGCAUGAACAGAUAUGUCCUUCAUGGGUCCCAGACUGAGAGAAAGCAGAAGGGGAAGGUGAUUGCUUAUGCUUCUAGGCAGUUGAAGUCUCAUGAGAAGAAAUACCCUACUCAUGAUUUGGAGUUGGCGGUUGUGGUAUCUGUACUUAAGUUAUGGCGUCAUUAUUUGUAUGGGGUGCACUGUGAGAUUUUCACUGAUCAUCGGAGUCUUCAGUACAUCUUUAGUCAAAGGGAUUUGAACUUGAGGCGGCGGAGGUGGCUUGAGAUGUUGAAGGACUAUGAUGUGACUAUUCUGUAUCAUAUGGGGAAGGCCAAUAUUGUGGAAGAUGCUUUGAGUAGGAAGACUCAUAGCAUGGGGAGUCUUUCAACUCUUAGUAUAAUUUCAGAGGAAAGUGACGAGAUGAUUGCUUUUAUUGAGGUUCGAUAUUCUUUAGUCGAGCAGAUCUGUGCGCACCAAUUUGAUGAUAAGAAGUUAUGUCUCAUUCGAGACAAAGUAUUGAGAGGGGAAGCCAAGGAGGUUGUCCUUGAUUCUGAUGGUGCCUUGAGGAUCAAAGGCAAGAUUUGUGUGCCCAAGACGGGGGAGUUGAUAAGAUUGCCUCUUGAAGAGGAUCAUUGUUCUCGAUAUUCCAUCCAUCCAGAAGCGGCAAAGAUGUAUCAUGAUCUGAGUUUUCCUCCCAGAGUGGGUGGUUAUGAAUCUAUUUGGAUUAUUUUUGAUAGGUUGACAAAGUCUGCCCACUUCAUUCCAGUUUGGGUCAAGUAUACGGCAUAG